AUGUCUGGCGACGCGCUGCUCGCACAACUCUCGCGUCUCUUCGAGCAAGACCCACUCAUUGAUGAAGUCGGACUGCUGUUUGGCCUCGAGCCAAGCGACUUGACGGUCGACACCGCUUUUCUACUGGAACAUCACAAACUUGGUGUGGCUUUUGCCGCUGGACCUGCGCUCUUCCAAGCUGCUCGCGCGCAGUUUCAUCGACUAAAUGCUCGUUUACGACAACUUGCGGCCGAAGAAACGGCAAAAAGUGUCGAUAUGGAACAGCUACAGCGCACUCAAUUGCUGCAUUGUACACGGGCCAUUCUCCUUGUCAGCGCCGAUUUCUACACGGCGUGGAAUACUCGAAAGUCGUUCGUGACGCGAGGAUGGCUGGACGCGCAGGACGACAUGAGGUUUACGAAUCUGAUUUUCACAUUGCACCCGAAAAGUAUUGAUACGUGGGCCCAUCGACGAUGGCUGGCAACUCGUUUGUGUGCCGCGCUGUCUGGAGAUGACCUGCAGGUGUUUUACAAGCAGCAGAUUGAAGAUGCAAGUCGGUUGGCCGAUCAAAAGCCACGGAAUUACCAUGCAUGGAGCUUCCGUCACUGGAUUGUCUGUCGACUUUCGACGCUUUCGACGGUCGAGGAACUUGACAGGAUGGGACAUUGGUGUCGACAGCACGUGUCCGAUCACUCGGGCUGGAACCAUCGCCAGCAUACUCUCAAUCAGCUCGUUCAUCAGCACGAACACGAGCCGGACGGAAGUUUACCUUCGACGACUAUGAUCCUGGCAGAGCUCGAGUUUGUAUCGGAUGUCAUGGCGCCCUAUUCGACACACGAAGCGCUAUGGUGCCAUCGACGCUACGUGAUGCAGCGUUUGCUUGAGCAAGUACAAACGUCGCACGAUGGCAUGGCCGACGUGUCUCCGGUGCUUGUGCGCAUCUCUCAAGUGGCAGGACGUCUCUCGAAUGCAGAGCAAGAGUCACCGGAUGCUGCAACGCUGCGAUCGGCAUGGGAUGAAACGCGAAAGACGUUGAGCAGUGACCGAGUCCACGUGUCUUCCGUGGCUCGUGCGACGUUGUGCGAGAUUGAGAUUGCAUGGAAGUGUCAGCACGUGUGUUCUCGGCGGUAUGCUGCUUGGUGCCUCGCUCGACUUCGAGCAUUCUUGCGUGAUGAUGAACGAAGGGUUGGAGAGAAGGUUGCACACAAGGCCCUGCAACACGAGCUCGGCCUGAUGGAAACCAGCUUGCACAAACAGUUGACACACGAAGACAGCACGCUAGAGAAUCUGUGGCUGCAUUUGAGAUAA